UUUCCCUGUUACCAUCCUCAUUACCCAGAGUCUUUUAAGGCAAUUGGGUGAUAAAAUCGUUGGAUACAUUGCUACCGUUUAUUUAACCUCUUCACUUUUUCCAUGCCAUUUCGAGCAAUCAAUUCUACUGAUGAUGAAAUGGCGAGGAAAUUGAUCGAUGCUACGCAAAUUGGCAAAUCGUGGUAUAAUGGUUGCCCCAGCCUCAAUUCUACCCUCUCCAAGGGGCUGGGAUGAUUGUUAUAAAAAAUGUUGAUUACCUUCGGUCGUUAGAUUACACAUGUCCACAUUGUGCCAGUGGAUUCAUAGAAAAGCUAGAGAACGAGGAAGAUGAUCAUGAUAUGAGUAUGGAAAUUAGUACUGAGGAUUUCAACGAUAUUGAUCUGCAGCAACAAAUGUUAAUGGAGCUCAGCGAACUUCCUGAGCUGGCUGCAUCAGGCUCAGAAGGUGGCACAGCAUUAUUACGAGAUAGGAGGCGAGGUGAUAUGCAAAACAGAUGGUCAAAUUCACGACAUAGACAACCUACAUUGUCUUAUGAAAAUCUUUUCCACGAGUUCUUCUUUAAUUUCACCGCACUAGGACGUUCUGUCAUAGCAGGUCGACCACCUGUAUUACUCGUCUCUAACCCUGGUGACUAUGUGUGGGGCAAUGAUGGACUGGAUUCGAUAGUAACACAGCUACUCAACCAAAUGGACGGCAGUGGUCCACCUCCAUUACCGCGUCAGCAAAUUGACGAAAUUCCAAAUACUACAAUUAGUCAAUCACACAUUGACAGCAAACUUCAAUGUUCCGUAUGCUGGGAGGAUUUUAUUUUGUCCGAAUCUGUCAGGCAAUUAUCGUGUAAACAUCUCUAUCACGCACCGUGUAUUAUACCUUGGCUUGAGUUGCAUGGUACCUGUCCUAUAUGCCGACAAAGUCUGGGAGACCAAGGCUCUACAGAGGCAAACCAGGACGAAAUUGGGCCAAAUCUAGCAGCCUUUUUCAGAGCAUUUCAGAACAGCAAUCAAUUCAACAGCAGUGCAUCAUCUACCUCCUCAUCAAGUAGCAACUCCAGCAACGACUUCACCAAUGAAAAUUAAAUUUGAAAAAAUCGCAAUGAAUUUAUUGUACAGUCGCUCCUCUUCUGACUUAGGUUCAUACAUUUCACUGUUUUCGUUUUUCACCCGCGGAAAAAUUGUAUACUGCACAUUUAUUAUGUUCUUUUGAACAUGAACGUAUCCAUACCAUCAUCAAGUUCUGGAAAAUAGUUAUAAAAAAUCCAGACGUCCUGAAAUCGAGAAAUAACGAGACAGUCAGCUUCUAAAAAGUUUGUUUUAUUUCCAUUUCUGUUUAUAUUCACAAUCGUUAAUGUGAAUUGUUAAUUAUUUAUAGGGGUAUCAAUGAGUAAUGGAAACUGAAAUUAUGGAAGCAACAGACGCGCGUGGCAGCGAGAAUUUCGAAAAAUUUUCUUUGUCUCACUGAGGUCAAUAAUUUUCUGUAAUUUUGGCGAAAUUCUCCGAGGAUGGUAUCCACGGAAUUUUUAAAAUUGUUAAGUGCACGAACAGUUUCAUUAUCGAAUGCCGGUAAUUUUUUUCCGUAAAUAAAUGAGUAAAAGAAUUAAAUUUGCUUUCAUUGAUGGAGAGGGAAUUAUGACAAUGUUAAUUUUCCGAUUAUUCAGGCUCUCCUAAAAAUGAUAAUUCGACAAAAGUCUUAGUGUUGGAGAUAUCUUCAUAAUUCGUAUUCGUAUCACUUUUAUGAAUACCUCAGAACUUGUAAGGAGUAAUAUUCACUCGAAAUAAUUUUCCAUGAGGAAUGAAUUACACACACCAAACUGAUUCGAGAAUUUUAUUUCAGUAAUUGGAUUAUUAUCUCACCAUUUUCAUAAUGUCAGUAUGGCUUUAUCAGGAAAUGAAAUGAGAGUUCGAGGAGUAUACAAAGAAAAUUGCUCUCCUCAAGUGGCUGGAGAGCGUGUGAGCACUAAAACUCAUUUUGUGAAUGAUUAAAAGAUAUUAAUCGAGUUUGUUACGGAAGACGGUGUAACAAUUGAAUGGAAAGUCUAGCCAGAAUUUUCCGACGUCUACAGCUGUCGCUAUGAUGUAAUGAUAAUGAUAAUAUUCAGCUUUAUAGUUGAUAAACGUGUAAAUUAGGAAAGUUAUUUAAAAAAUGAGAAGAAAAUAAUACAGAAUAAAAGUCCAUGUAUUUAUUCCUCAAUUAA